GCCACCGCAGCCUCAAUGGCAGGGGACAACGUGUCCUCCGCGAACUUCACCCUCGGGAGGCUGUUUGGCACCCAGGAGACUGGGGGCCUCCUCUUCGCGGUCGUCUGUGUCGUCUUCUUCACGUCUCUGACGGCCAAUGGGGUCAUGGUCUUGCUGAUCCGCGCUGACGCGCGCCUGCACACACCCAUGUACUUCCUGCUCAGCCACCUGUCGCUCAUCGACAUGCUGUACAUCUCCACCAUCGUGCCCAAGAUGCUGGUGGACUACCUGCGGGGCCAGAGGACCAUCUCCUUCGCGGGCUGCACGGCGCAGCACUUCCUCUACCUGACGCUGGUGGGCGCCGAGUUCUUCCUGCUGGGCCUCAUGGCCUACGACCGCUACGUGGCCAUCUGCAGCCCGCUGCGCUACCCGGUGCUCAUGAGCCGCCGCGUCUGCUGGCUGAUCGUUGCGGGCUCCUGGCUGGGGGGCUCGCUGGACGGCUUCCUUCUCACGCCCAUCACCAUGAGCUUCCCCUUCUGCGGCUCCCGGGACAUCGACCACUUCUUCUGCGAGGCGCCCGCGGUGCUGAGGCUGGCGUGCGCGGACACGGCGCUCUAUGAGACGGUGAUGUACGCGUGCUGCGUGCUGAUGCUGCUGACGCCGUCCUCGGUGGUGGUCGCCUCCUACGCGCGGAUCCUGGCCGUAGUGAGCUCAGCUGAGGGGAGGAAGAAGGCCUUCGCCACCUGCUCUUCCCACAUGAUCGUGGUGACCUUAUUCUACGGGGCCGCCAUGUACACCUACAUGGUGCCCCAGGCUUACCACCAGCCAGCGCAGGACAAAGUCUUCUCCGUCUUCUACACCAUCCUCACGCCCAUGCUGAACCCGCUCAUCUACAGCCUGAGGAACAAGGACGGCGGCGCUCUGCAGAGGGCCCUGUGGAGACUCCGGGGCUCUCAAAGAGUGUCCCGAGAGGCCUUCUGA